UUGUGUUUCCAAACGGAGCACGGCUUGCUUGCUUGCUUGCUUGCUUGCCUGCCGCCUGCUGCCCAGAGAGGUUGUUUUGAUGGGCUCGGCCCUCGUGGCUGAAGUCAUCCUUGCGGCGUGUUCUGCAUUGUUGGCAUUCCAGGCAGAGGAGGAGGAGGAGGAGGAGGGCACCUUGUGCGCGAGAGUGUGCCUAUGGGCAUGGAGCCAGCUUUGGGACUGUGAUCUCGGGUGGCAAGGAACAUGCCUGAGCUGCACCAAGGCUGAGCCAAAGGCCCUGGACUGUUUUCUCCUGCUGCUCCAGAAAGACUGGACCACAAACCCAUGCAUGGAAAGAACAUCUAAAACUUAGCCAGAAGGUUCCCCCUAACUCUGAUGCAAUGCUCCCUCCGCCCUCCUUCCAUGGGUAGCCCUCUGCACAGGAGGACCCCCCUUUGAGCCGUGGCAAUGAUGAUGGACAGCCCCCCGAAGCUGUCUGGAGAGACGCUGAUCGUCCACCACAUCCCACUGGUGCAUUGCCAGGUACCCGACCGGCAGUGCAAGCGCAGCAACCCCUUCGGCCAGCCGGACCUGGGACCACUGCAGACGGUUCCCCUCCUGGAGCAGGACUUCCUGCAGGCCGACUCGUUGGUCCGCCUCCGCCGCAUCCCCUCGGACCCUGCAGAACCAGUCCCGGCCUUGGAGACCCCACCAGAGGAGGGCCGGGCCUGGGACCCCGGGGCCAGCAGGCGCCAGAACCCCUUCCUGCUGAGCGAGGAUGAGGAGCCCCUUGAAGACAACGGGCCCUUGGGGCAGCGGUCCUUCCGCCUGCACAGCCAUGGCCAGCCUGCCUUCCACUUGCACAGCGAGCUGAGCCUGCCGCCCUUCCGCCUCCACAACGCCGGCCACGGGGCCAAGCCGUGGGGGGCCACUGUUGCAGCUGGACAGCACUCAGACAACACAGUGGACGGCAAGGAGGACAGAGGGAAAAAGAGGCGGCCAGAGAGCAUGGAGCUGGAUGAGUACAGCUGCCACCGUGAGAGGGAUCCUUCAGACUCCUCCUCAGAGCAGGACUGGGCUGGUGACCCUGAUGGUGAGCUGGGCCCUGGUCCAGAGGCGCCUCGCAGCCGGACGUGCAGCUGCUCCUCGGGCUCUGAGAUCCAGCGCUGCCGGUGCUGCAGCCUCUCUAGCCAGUCGGAGCCCCUGGACCACCAGAUGGGCUAUGCUAGCGACUCCUCCUGCAACAGCUCCGACGGCGUGCUGGUCAACUUCAGUGCCCUGUACCACAAGAUGAACGGGCACCCGCCCAACCUCAAUUCCUGCGAGGAGGAGUCCUCCUCUGGCGGCAGCCACUCGGACACCGGUGGCGGGGGCGCCUUCUACCUGGACCUGCACUCCUCCCCACAGGAGGCCAAGCUGCGGUGCCCGGAGCCCCUGGGCACAGCCUGCCCCUGCCACGGACCCUCCUCUCCGGUCCUGGAUGCCAACUGUAACUCAUAUGACCCCUGCGGCUCCGGUGGCUCCUCCUCGGACCUGACCGCCUGCUUCCAGAGCCAGGCCCGGCUGGUGGUGGCUACCCAGAACUACUACAAGCUGGUCACCUGUGACCUGUCCUCGCAGUCGUCCCCCAGCCCGGCUGGGUCCUCCAUCACCAGCUGCUCCGAGGAGCAGGCCCGUGUCAGCAGCCCCCCGCUCCAGCCCACCGAGUACUACCUGUUCCAGCGUCCGGCAGAGAACGCUGCUGAGGAACCACGAGGCCUGGAGGCCAGCGAUGCCACAGAGCCCAACGCCAACACUGUGGAGGGUCAGUUGUACGUCAACAUUUCCCCACCCACUUUGGCCACCGGGCGCCAGCGCUCCCGCAGCUAUGACCGCAACCUGGACCGCAGCCCCUCCGCUGCCGGCCGGCUGGGCUCCCUGGAGCGCAUGAUGAGCUGCCCGGUCAAAUUGAGCGAGGGCCCCCACAGCCUGGCCCUGCAGAGCUCCCCGCCAAAGCGGGUGACCUCCUUCGCGGAGCUGGCCAAGGGCCGGAAGAAGAACGGAGGCAGCAGCAGCAGCAGCAGCGGUAACAACAACAACAGCAGCAGCAGCGGCUCCCCACCCUUCAGGGCCAGCCGGGACUCCUCCCUGGAGUUCUCCCCAAUCCCGGAGCACCGGAGGGGCGGCAGCGGCGGUGGAGGCAGUGGCUCCGUCUUCCUGGAGGACCGGGGCCCCCGGCACAGCCAGAGCCUGCCCCCCAUGCCCUGGAUCCACUCCCUGCAGCACAGCCCCGAGGAGGAGGAGGAGGGCCACGGCAGCGGGGCCCAGGAGACCUCUCCCUACGGGCAGCCCUUCUUACCAUCCUUGGCAGAGACAGGUGGCCUGGGCCAGAAGGACGUCCGCGCUCGGGCCGACGGCGGUGCCGCGGACGGGAAGGUGUUCCGCUACAGCAAGGACCAGCGCCCGACCACGCUGCCCAUCCAGCCCUUUGUCUUCCAGCACCACUUCCCGCGGCAGCCCAAGGCCCGGGCGCUGCAGAGCCACCUGGCCGCCAGCCUCUCCCAGCUCUACAGCCGCUCCUCUUCCGCCGGGCGCUGUGCCGCCGCGCACCCGCCUCCCUCCGCCGCAGCCUCCUCCGCGGCCGACCAGCCCAUGCCCCAGCGCUCGGCCGACGGGGCCACCUGCCCCAAGAAGCCCCCGCCGGCCCCGGCCGCUGCCCCGGAGACCACGCGCCCCUCGCCGCUGGGCAGCUACUCCCCCAUCCGCAGCCACGGGGGGCCCUUCUUCCAGAGCGGUGCUGCGGACUCUGCCUCCUCCUCCUCCUCCUCCUCCUCCUCCAUCUUGCUGCCCACCCCCGAUGGACACCCGCCCCGCAGCCGGUCCUGCCCGGUUUCUGCCAACCUCCUGCCGGUCACCUCCGUCGCCGGGCCUUCUCCGGCCACAGCGGGCCACAGCGCCAAGGAAGAGAUCCCUGCUCCCCUUUGCCGGAAGGACGGACCCCCGGAGUUUGAGCUGGGAGAGGUCAACUCCCUCCCACCCCUCCUCUUGGCCGGGGGGCUGGGCCUGGCCAGAGCUGGGGGGACCCACCCCGAAGCCCAGUGGAAGGCCGGGUGCGGCGAGGCCCUUGUCAGCGUGGGGUCCGUGGGCACCGUCCUCAGCCGACCCCUCAAUGCCCACCACCUCUCUCCGCAAGCGCUGAAGUGGCGGGAGUAUCGCCGGCGGAACCCGCUGGGCCUGGGCCUGGACCGCGGCAGCAGCAGCGGCACUUCGGGGAGCGGUCUGGACGGGAAGCCGGUGCCGCCGGAGCCGGAGGGACGCCUCUCCCGGAGGAACCCCCUCUUUGAGCUCCCGGGGGCCCUGGGCGGGGGGCGGCCCUACGCCAGGCUCAACGGACACUCCGUGAAGCAGCUGCAGCUCAACUACUCCGACUUCUUCCCAGACUAUUUCUCUUUGGCCGAAAAGCCCCCGGCCGAGUUCUGCCUCUCGCCGGAUGGAAAUACUGAGUCCAUCUCCAUCGAUCUGCUGCAGAAGAAGGGCCUCGUCAAGGCGGUCAACAUGGCGGUGGAUCUGAUCGUGGCUCAUUUUGGGACCAGCCGGGACCCCGGAGUGAAGGCCAAGCUGGGCAACAGCUCCGUCAGCCCCAACGUGGGCCACCUGAUCCUGAAGUACCUGUGCCCGGCCAUCCGGGAGGUCCUGAGCGACGGGCUCAAGGCCUACGUGCUGGACGUCAUCAUCGGCCAGAGGAGGAACGUCCCCUGGAGCGUGGUGGAGGCCUCCACUCAGCUGGGCCCCUCCACCAAGGUCCUGCACGGCCUCUACAGCAAGGUCAGCCAGUACCCGGAGCUCACCAGCCACACCAUGCGCUUCAACGCCUUCAUUUUCGGGCUCCUCAACAUCCGGUCCCUGGAGUUCUGGUUCAACCACCUCUACAACCAUGAAGACGUGCUGCAGGCGCACUACCAGCCGGUGGGCUUCCUGGCGCUGUCGCAGGGGGUCUGCCAGGGCCUCUUUGAGGAGCUUCUCCUGCUGCUCCAGCCGCUCUCGCUGCUGCCCUUCGACCUGGACCUGCUCUUCGAGCACCACCGUCUGCAGAUGGGCCGGGAGCAGCGGCAGAAGAAGGAGCUGCUCCGCAUCCGGCAGGACCUCCUGCUCUCGGCCCACUCCACCCUCCAGCUCAUGCGCACCCCCGGCCAGAGCGGGGGCCCCAACGAGGAGGACGGGGAGGAGGAGGAGGAGGAAGACCCCCGGCAGAGGAGGAGCAGGAGCAGCGGCAGCGGCAGCAGCGUGUUGGGGUGGGGGCCCAAGAAGACCCCCAAAAUGGAAGACGAGGAGGAGGAGGCGGCCCCUGUGCAGCGGGUCAAGGGGGUGGGCGCUCCGUCCAGAGGGAAACCAGAGGAGGAAGUGGCCAGGAGGCAGUGGCCGGAGGGGCCCAAGAGGGACAAGCAGGCCAGCUGGUGGUUCCAGCUCAUGCAGAGCUCACAGGUCUACAUCGAGGGCCCGUCGGAGGGGCCCCGCGCCAUCCGCUACGAGCGGAAGGCAAAGAAGCCGGGGCCCACAACCAAGAAGAUGCCUCCGCCCCGGGAAGGAGUGGUGGAGGGGGCCGAGGCCUGCCCCAUCGCGGCGGAGGUGCCCCUCAAGGACAGGCCCUCCCUGGGGCCGACGACAGGGGCCCCCCAAAAGCCGUACCCCCCGGAGAAGGAGAAGGACCCCCACCGCCGCCCCUCCUGGAUGGGCAGCCCCCCGGAGUCCAUCCUGACGGAGCUGAAGCACAGCAAGGCCAAGGAGGACGAGGCCCCCCAGAAAACGGGGAGCCCCCCGAAAGAGAGCGGCCCCGGAGCACCUCUGGCCAACCAGCCCAAGUGGGGGUGUCUCUUUGGGUCCCGGAAGGCCCCCAAGGACCCCAAGCAGCCCCCAAACAGGCUCCCCUCCGGCUGGCUGAGCCUGGACCGCUCCAUCUUCCAGCUGGUGGCCCAGACGGUGGGCGCUGCCAGUGGCGCCUGGAGAGAAGCCCACCCGGACCCCGAGAGGCUGGUCCCGGACCUGCCCCCCUUGCGCCCCAAGCACCGGACCCCGCUCCCGCUGAUGCCGAUGGAGAGAAGCAAGGCCCAGGAGGGGCCCUGCCAGGUGAAGGCCCUGUGCCACCACAUUGCCACGGAGGCCGGGCAGCUGAGCUUCCAGAAGGGAGACCUCCUCCGCGUCCUGGGCAAAGCCGAUGCCGACUGGCUGCGCUGUGGACGGGGGGCCGAGAGCGGCCUGGUGCCCGUCAUGUACGUCACCCACGCCGAGGACCAGGACUACUGACCCGCUGACCGGCCGGCUGACUGAGCGAUGGACCGACAGCCCUGUUGCUGCCGCCGCUGCCGCCGCCGCCUCCUCUGCCUCCCAGAGAAGCACAGAACCACGAGCCAAGGCCGGGCGGGCGGUGGAUGGAGCGCUGGCUGGUGGAGUCCCCUUCCUCUUGGACCCUCCUUGCAAAGGAGACUGAAUGGUUGUCCUGUUCGCCCCGUUCUCCCGGUGGUCCUGUGGCAAAGGGCACCCCAGAUGCAUGCUCUCGUCCUUGUCCUCCUCGUCCUCCUCUUCUGCGGCCUUUCUCUCUUCUUCUCUUGACGGCCACCUCCAACUCCUGAGGAUGCUGCCGGGGUGCAGUGGCUCCCCUCCUUGCCUCAGUGGUGGCCCAGUGAUGCCAGACUACAACACCCAGCAUGCACUGCUCUCCUUCCAUCUCCAAGUAUCAGUGGGAGGGAACCAUAGGACAUCCAAGGAGCAUGUGUUGCCGUUGACGCCUUCCUUCAGCCCCUGUUGCGUCCUGUGUGACUGCUGGCCGUGGGACCCCAUGCAGGACGGCACUAGCCGUGGGACCCUGCCCCUCCCAGUCCUAAUGGGAGGCGUGGAUUUGGGGGAAGGGGCUCCUCCUGUGUGUGUUUGUGUGUCGUGUUUAGCUAGAGGCUCUGAGCCGCUCUGUGUUAGAAGUAGUCAGUCUGGGAAUUGGGGGGCCGGGGCAGCAGAGAGGCCUUGUCGCAGGCUCAUUGCCCCCCAAAAGCCUCCCCUUGGGGUCCAGGAGGGGGGCACAAUAGCACAAAAGCAGAAGGGACCCAAAAGUCAGGGCUUUUUUUUAAUCGUGUCACAAGCGACUUGAGCACAUCCUGCAUGUCGCUUUGGGUGUGAGAGAAUUGGUUGUCAACAGAGACGUUGCUCGGUGGACAUUGCCUGGAUGUGUUACCAUCCUGCUGAGAGGCUUCUCUCAUGUUUCCACAAGCUAGAGCUGACAGAUGGGAGCUCACCCCGUCACACGGAUUCGAACCACCAACCCCAACCUUCUGGUCGGAAGUUUAGCCAGCACAAGGAUUUAACCUGUUGCGCCACUGUGGCUCCUAUCAAAGUGAGGUGGGAUGGGACUGGAUAGGAAUGGAGGGAGGGGGACCCGGUCCAAAGGGAAGGGCAGUGCACUGCACCCAAAUUGCAUGGCCUGAAGGGAUGCCGGUGGGGAGGGGAUCCGGGACUUGGGACCCUUCGCUCUCUCGGCCAAGCCAACACUCAGUGUUCCUCGACAGUCCUGGUCAGUAUUCCGGGCCUGAAGCGGUUGGGGAGGGGGGGGGUCUUUGGCCUUGAUCUACCACUCUCUCCCGCCCACCCGCCCGACAUGCGGUGUGUCAGUGAGGACGAUGGGGAUGGCGGUGCCAAGCGUGUUCUUGCGUGUACAGAACCGGAAUCAGGAGGACGGCCCUCUGGUGGAGAAGGCGCCGCAUUGACUUUGUAAUUCUGGCGCGAGGACCAGGUGUUUCGCCUUUAUUUAUUUCUUUAUUUAUGAUGCAUACUAAUUAAUAAAAAAGGUGCUGAUGAA